AUGAAGACAGCGACACGUUGCCCUGAUGGUUCAAAAUGCGACCUUGUCAAUAAAUAUGAAAGGCGCCACCUUCAUCUCGGAACAUUCGACGGUCUGGAUCGUAAGCCGCUGGUGAUCACGGUGCACAAGAGCAACCUCAAUGAGCCUAGAUAUUACGCCAUUACUGCAGACAGCGAAAGGGCCACGGGUAACGAGUGGAUGAGCAUUGGUGUUUUGAACGAGGAAGAACACAAGGAGGUUAAAGGGCAUCAUCAAAAUUACUACAGAAAAAUUUUGACUAAGCAAUUCAUGAAGAGGAUCACGUUGACGGGGCAGCGUGCGCACGGGAUACGGGCACAAGCAUUUAUAUCGCGUAAUGUCAGGAGGACUCCGGAGGACGUAAUGUUCCGAGGAUGUGAUAAAGAUGACAUCGAUCCCGAGUUCAUGAUCCCACCUCCAGAAGGCCCGGAAUACUCUAAAGGAACCAUCAUUAUCUACCCAGACGCCAUGGAAGGCAAAUACUACGUAGAUUUCGCAUAUGGAAAUCCCUUCGGUGGCCCCAAGAUGGUUUGCUUCAAGGAGGUGAUCGUGAAGGUGGUCCCGUAA